CAGCGUGGGACUCAGCGGGCAGGUCGUUCGUCAGUCUGAGAGAAGAGGAGCAGCAGGAGGAGACGGACCAGUCUCCUCUCCUCUCUGAUGACAAGCUCUCAUCCCCCCCACCCUCCUCUCUCUCUCUAACUCCUCCGAAACAACCCUCAGCCUCCAGGAUUUCUCCUCCGCCGCUUCCCCCCUCUUCCUUUUUCAGUUGCACCUAUUUAUUUCUUUUUUCUUUUUUUUUGUUUUUAUUUUUGUUUUGUUUUUACUUUGUAUACAACCACUCCGCUACCCCCAGCACCUCCACAGAUGUAAGCAGAUGAAGAGGACCCCCUUGGCAGUGGCGACUUGAAUCCUCCGUGCUUCAGAGUGUCGAACAUCCUCAUCUUCCGCCCACAUUUUCUUUUCUUUCUUUUUCUUUUCUUUUUUUUUUUUCCUGGUCGUUCAUCUGCCUUUCAACAAUGUAGGAGACGGUGCGCUGUCAUUUCAGCGAUCAGGAUGCCAAGUACAUGCCCUGUUUUUGCCCAUCUUACCAUCUUUGUCUCUCCAGCAGGGUGGGGGGUGGAAAUAAGAGAUUUGCGUGAAGGCAAAGUUUGAGGGUAUCUCCUCUGGUUUCGCUCACCUGUCCGCCUGCAAGCGCCUACCCCCUCCUUUUAACUGAUAACGAGGACGGCUUCGGCAACAGAACAUCAGACAACAACUUCAAACAGACCUCAUAUUGUUCUGGUGGUUUUUUUUUGUUUUGUUAUUUUGUGGGAUUUGGCAGCGUUGUUGGAGGAAUUUGAUGUGCGCAACGUUGAAGGAUAUGGCUUAAAUAAUGUUUGCGUUGACAGCUGGAGGAAGGUCCGUAACUUGAGUGUUUAUUUUCUAUUAUAUUUUUAAAAAGAAAAAAGAAAAAAAAAACAUCAGCAGUUGUCGACUUUGGUGGAAACCCAUCUAAAUGGGAGGAUACCUGGAGGACUGAGUCGGAUUCGGCAGUCGAGAAAAAUGUGGAUAAAACGGAGUGUUGCGCGCAGUCUGUCUGCAUGGAGGCCAGGCAGCUGUGUGGGGCACAGAGUGUGGAUCCUGCUGGCCAUGACUCACCUCACCCUGGACUUUUCAGUGUGCAGUCCCCUCAGUCAGAGUCUGGGUAUAAAACUCACGCCUAAAUCGGUGCCUCGCUCUCGGCCUCGCUUGCAGCCCCUCUGGGAAACACCCAAUAAGCUUCAGUGGAGAACAGUGAGCCCGUUGGCUCGCCGCCUCCUCAACCCUGUCCCUCCACCCCAAGACAACAGGGCAGGGCUAGGGCCAAAAGUCAAAGGUCAAAAGCACCGAAAGCCAGCACAUAAAGGACAAGCACCGUGUAAGGAGUGCCAGUUGAGAUACUCUCAUAUAGAGACAGGCGAUCCUUUGGCCGUAAUAGCGGAAGCUCCAGCAGCUUUAUCAAGCAGGAGGUUGUUUAUUAGAGCCAAGAGGCAGCUCAAAUGGGACAGCUAUGACAAGUCUCAGGAGGGCCGGACUACAACGGUGGCUGGAUUUAUUGACUGGGGACCCACAGGGACAGAUAGUACAGAUGAGGAUGGCAAACUGGAACCCAAUGUUACACUGUCCACCAGGGCCUCAACUACCACAGUGGCCACAACCACUAGCACUACAACCAGGCUCUCCCAAAGGACGUUUACUGUGGUGACCACUACAGAGUCCAAGAGCACCACCAAAUCCACAUUCAGCAACACAGAGACUGUCAAACCACCAAAGCCAUAUGGGGACACACCAGGUUUGGCAGUUCACCAGAUAAUCACAAUCACUGUGUCUCUCAUUAUGGUCAUCGCAGCCUUGAUCACAACACUCGUCCUUAAAAACUGCUGUGCGCAGUCUGGAAAUGGUCGCCACAAUAGCCAUCAGCGCAAGAUCCACCAGCAAGAAGAAAGCUGCCAAAACCUGACAGACUUCACCCCGGCCAGGGUGCCCAGCAAGGUGGACAUAUUCACUGCCUACAAUGACAGUCUGCAGUGCUCACAUGAGUGCGUUCGGACUGCCGUUCCUAUCUACACCGAUGAGAUGAUCCAGCAGACGCCUGUCUAUAAGACUUCUUACAAUGGAAACAGGACUUCAAUACCCAGAAGGGAUGUAUGUGACGCGUUAUCAAUAGACUGUGCUGAAAACAUCCAUAUUUGCCAACCCAGGCCCUCCCCCACUGAAAGACAGCUGAUUCCUGUGGCCUUUGUGUCAGAGAAGUGGUUUGAGAUCUCUUGUUGACGAGCUGAAGGCCUUGUUCAUGUUCUGUGGGUGGAAGAUACUUCUUGAAUUCACGCUCUGGAUCCAGUUGGAAACAAGCAACACACAACACAGCUUCUUUUGUAAAAUAGUGUGAUCACUCUUUGGACACUGGUGAAGAUAUUUAUUUUUCUAGAGAUGACAAGCAGCACAGCCAUUGCGCUGCCACACCAUAUUUCCAGGAACCUACAGUCAUUUAGAUAUAGAUUCUAUAUAGAUAUAUUUAGGGGAUGUAUGGAACAAGACAGUGGACGUCUCAAGGAAAACAUUUGACACUGGACAAGAACCCAAGGAGCUGCUUUGGGUAGAAGAUGAACUGUAUUUCUGAACAAUGUGCCAAUAAUGCCACUAUGUGCCACAACCUGGAUCAAUGGAAGUUUCAACAACAACUGAUGGACUACACACAGAGCGCUAUAUUAACCCAGUAUUACAUUGUUUUUCUGUUUUGUUUUUUUAAAGAAAUGUGAAAGUAAAAAAAAAAAGAAAAACACUACAAAUGUAUUUCAAUAUGUUUUCUGAAUAGUUUUAAGAAAUGUGUUGCAAAAGAGUAAAUGAUAUUUAUGAGAUGCACUAUUCUAUUAGUUGUGGGGAGGAGAGACAAUGGGAACACAGAAAGGGUAUAUUCUUCAAAGAAUGGUUGAUUUUAAUUGUUUCUACCGGCCCCAUUUAAAAAACAGAGUAGUUACGUCUAUUUUUUUACAUACUAGAGUCGACAACAGCCCUAACAGUGUAGGUCUGCAGCACCUGGGAUCACUGUUAAUUAAAUCCUCCCACCCGAGCUCAGAUUAUAACAAAGAAAACCAUCUGAAUGCACCCAAUGCAAGCCAAUCCAAUGCCCACCUCAACUGCUUAUUAUUUAAGAUUUGUAACUGACGUAGGUUAAUGGAAAAAUACACAAAAGGCUUCUGUGGAGCAGCCUUGCGGCUUCAGCAAAUCCCACAGCCAAGAAUUCAUGUAUAGACUAUAAAUACCGGCAGCCACAACAGACUGCAUUGAGCUGGACAGGACAUUCAUACUGUCUCAGGUCUGUCUUGCUCUCUCGCACACUUCAUAUUGGCCUCCAUCUCAGCUCCUUUUUGGGCUAAAUACUAAGGACUGGUUAUGAUUUAGAUGCAGACUGCAGCGAUAAAUAGUGGAACAGAUUUAAUUUGGGCCCCGCAUUCAAAUAAUUCAUGUGGUAAUUUGCAUAAAUAGCAAAGAGGAAAAUGAAUCUUUCCACAGAUAGUAAUUGAAUAUCCAUCCCCAAAUCCCAGAUUGGGUCUAAUAUAUUUGUUUUGACAAAUUCUUUUUUAAUUGUAAAACUCUGAAUUGAAGUCUAAAACCCAUCGUCAAUGUGAAUUUGUUGGAGGUGGAUCAUGAAAUUAGCUGGAUUUCUUCAGCUAAGACUGAAGGAGAAGUUGUGAAGAGGCUACCAAGGGUGUUCCUCAGGAUCCAAAUGAUCUGUUUCUAAUGCAAGACGUGAGCAGGAACGGGUUCUCCUACCGAAUGUGUUGUAUUUGCUUUCUCCAAAAUCAGAUCCACUCGUUAGUUUUAGCAUAUCAGGAUUUCAGCUGUCACGGUUAGGAGUUGCACACAAAUGGAACAGUUUUAAAUUGUGCUGAAGAAAGCUGAGCAAAAACACAAGAAUUAUGAGAAAGGGGAGUUAUAAUGUGUUCUCUGGGAAGCCUAAGUUGAAGUAAGGGGAUUAAGAGAAGCCAAUCAGCUGCUUCAGCCCUGUGGUGAGGAAGGACAGUGGAAACUCUUGAGGGCUUCCUAGCACCAACAAUUGUAUUAUCAAACUCUGAAAGACACAUUACCAUUCUCUAUGAAGCUUUUAAACAAGUUGUCUAUUAAUCUACCAUUUAUUGUGCUGUGGGUUUGUACAAAGCACAAAUACAACUCUGUAAUUGUAAACAUUUUUGGCUGCAGACAGCAAUAUGUACAGAUUUAAAUGAUGGGGGCUGGAUAGGAUAUCAACAGUAAUUCAUGUGGGUGGAUCAAAGACAUGUUCUCACUUCCUCAAACGGUUGAAGAAAACAGGUUGUCCCAGUGCGAUCUGUAAAUGCGAGCCAUUCAGGAGGCGUUGAGACGGCUUGGGAUAAACACUGUGGUGCAAAACUCCUGCUUGGGCCCAUUCGCAACAUGAAAACCACUCUCAUGACAGUUCAGCUUCAGGCUGCUUCUUUCAAACAUAACAUAUAUUUUUUUGAAUGAAGAGUGUUAUCUUACUAGUCAGAAGGAUAUGAAACUUACUGUAUAUUAUACACGUGUAAAUGUAUUUUCUAUAUAUUUGCUCCUAUUUGUGUACAGGUGUGUACUAUUUUUCAAGGCCUCUCCCAUUUUUGGGAAGGUUUCAGCUAGGUCGGGGAUAGUGUCUUUGUUUACAUGUGUGACUACAGUAUUUCUUUCAAAACACAAAACUAACCUUGUGCCAAGCUUCUUACCUGCACUUUCAAGCAGUACUUGUAUUAUAUCUUUAGCUAACCAGUAUAAUACUUCAGUAGAUGCUCCAAUAGUUCAGAGACUGCAGACUGAUUUCUAGGUGGAAUACCUGAAAGUAAUAGUGCUGAGUGGUAUCAAAAGGUGUUGUGAUCAUAUCUUGGGUUCUGCUGUAUUCAUGGUUGGCUGGGAAAACCAAUGACUUCCUCUUCUUGAACAUAAUUUCUAAAUGAAUUUUAAUAGAUAGUGUUACAUCAAGUAAAAAAAAAAAAGACCAUCCAACAGUAGCUGCCAAGAAACCAACUAAACUUGACCUAGACUGGGUUGCAUUCAUUUGUCAUUUUUCUCAGUUUGUAUUUGUAUAUACAUAUUGCUAUGCCCCAGAAAAUAUGUACUAUUUGUCAUGUACUUCACUGUAAAGAUUGAAAAAAGAAACUAACAUUAGCAUUUCUCAGCAUCAGGGAAAGACAUAUAAAGAGAUAAUUAUGAAAGAGAGGUGGUUUGUAAAGUACAAACUGUUUUCAAAUUGUAUUUGAUGGUUCAGGUUUUAAGAUCAAAGCUGAUGAAUAAUGUUUUUCAUUUUCCAAAGUUUUAUAGGGCAGGUUUGUUUCAGUUUCAGCCUUAUUUUCAGCAUAUUGCCGGCACUGCUGUUGUGAUAGGUGUGUUGGUGUCAGUUGAUGUGUUACAGCCAGAUCCUCCUGACUUAGCAUGCUCACACACAGCACUAUAACAGUGGUAAUGGUAAACGAUAUACAGUACCUGCUGAACCCCAGCAUGUUAGCACUGUCUGGAUCUUGUAGCUUUGGCCAAAAUUUCCACUAGUUAUAAUGGCAUUGUACUGGCUAAAUAAUCUGCUGAGACCAGGUAAUAGAACAGCCACAUUUACAUAGACAUAAUUCCUUCAACCUAAUUUAAACAUAAAUGAUUAGAGAUUUCAGCCAUUUACAUGGACACUAAAUAAGUACAAGUCAAAUCUACCAAAAAAUAUAACAGAAGAAAAUUACUCUUUUUACCUGAGCUUUACUGACAACUUUCAUUCAGUGAGAGAAUAUGUCCAAGCUAGGACUGUGUUUUCAACUGCCUACUCGAGUCAUCACUUAAAUGCUUGUUUCAACAACUCAAUGUUUCAGACCUUUCAACCUUCAAGGUUAACUACCUUUAACUCUAAUCAGCUACAGUUAUUUUUUGCUUCCCUCCCAGAAGCUCCCUGUGUAUGAUGUUCACCACACACACACACACACACAAACAUGCCAUAAAGAACCUUAUUAUUCUGGUAAAAGAUCUGAUAAAACUUUUAUUUGGUUAUAGACGAUUGUAUUUUCAUAUGGAAAGGAUUGCAAAGGAUUGAAAAGUCGUUUUGAUUGGUUAAGUCAGUCCUCUUGGGCUGUUAUUCUGGUUAUCAGUGGAAUACUUGUGCCAUGUAAAAGCGAUGAAGCCAGACAAAACGAAAGUGAGAAACGUGUUUGACAACUACAACAAGCACAGUAGUCACCUCUGGAGCAUGCAAACUGUGAUUGAUGUUUACAACAACCUGUUUCUAUAGUAAUAUUAGAGUUAGCCUCACUUUUCCCUCUCAAAGUUUGGCUCUCUGGAGAUUUGUUUAUGGCCUGUCUGAUAGUCUGACAUGCUCUGUCAGACUCAUUUCCGGCAUUGGCGGCGUGUUGAAUGCACUGUUAUUAUUACUGAUUGCAACGAUGGCCAAAGCUCUGAAAAUAGGUUUUAUUUCUCAGCAUUUUAGUCUUAAUUUCAGGUUGUGCUAGACUCAAAUUUUCCUUUAAGAUUACAUACCAGAGAUUGGGAGAGAUCCAUGCUUUAAUAUUAAGCAGGUCACCGUUCCAUCUGCAGUUUGUGAUCCCCUUUGAAUUCCUUCGAAAUGAGAACUGUUUCAUCAUAGGGGAUACUUAUAACUGGCAGGUUUCUGUGCGACUAAGAAUAUCUGACAAUUGUGAAAUAUCAGCGUGACCCUUUUAAAAAUUGAUACUUCCUAACAAGCGCAGUUGGAAACGUUGACAUUUUUGUUUUGGGGGAACGACUUUCAAUGGUUUUGUGUGAAUUAGCCUAGAUCUUGUUUGUGUUGUUAGCAUUCUUAGUUAAAUCCACACGGAACUAUUAGCUAAAACAAACUCACUUUGAAUUCCUGAAGAAUAUUUAGACAAAUAAAAAUGUAACUGGUAGCUGUGGUAUAUAUUUUAAAAAGGGACGAAUGUUUACAGACAUUCGUGCAUCAGCCAACAUGCAUCAGUCUCCUUUUACCUCUAUCUGAAAUCAAACUGAUACUUAAGGAAUUGUCUUACUGCUUUCUUGCCUUUUCAGUUUAUAUUUCCAGAUGAGUGUGGUUUAGUAUAGCUAAGAGGGAUGGGGGGUUGGGGGUGGGAGUGAUUCCACUUGGCUGGUCACAUUUGAUUCAGGAAACAUUAUCUGAGAUCAGUGCACGCAAUGACGGGGAGGGCGGAGGCGGACGUUUUCCAGAACAAACGAAUAUUUUGCAGCUCCCAUUUCUGUCUCUUCAGCAACCCAUGAAACCUACGCUCCCUUCUGCACAAACAAGCUAUCACUCAGCAAAGCUUUUCCUGUCAAGAUGAAGGAUGUGGCGCAUUUACUGGGACUGUGAUUCUUGUUUGCAUGUCACACAUACACAGUGGAACUCAUUGACAUGUGUUGUUUGAAUUAGAUGCCGGCUAAAUAUCUCCAAGACUAAGAUUUGAUAGUUUUUUGGAGCCUGUUUGGACUGAAAUGAAUCAGUAUUGACUUAGUCAUGGUCUUCUGGUGUCUGAUUAGCCUGGGAAACAGGACACGGCUGGUGUUGAUUUUUAUUAAAAAGAGAAAAUAAAAAAAUCGAUAAGACAAUGUGAUGAGACACAGCAGGAAGGAGGGCACUCAAAGGAAAGGACAGAUCUUCAUAUACUGAUAUGUAUCAAUUUUUCACCAUCAGAAAACUGCUCCUCCUCAUGGUUUCAGAAAAAUCACGUACUGUGCGCUUACUGUAUCUAAAGUGGAGGGCUCCGACUCUCCUCUUGGGUCAUGUUUUUACUUUUCUAUUCAGAAGAGCUAAGGCACUGUCACUGUCAGUGCUCAUCAAAGACUUGAAAAACAACAAAAAAAAAGGCAAAACACUUUGUUUGCAACAUCUCAAUUCUCCCAUAAUCCCCCUGGUAGACAGAGACUAGUGACCCAAAUCUGCCGUUGUAUCAAGUUAUUUACAUCGAAGGCCUCUAGCACUGUUUAAUGCCUUCCAAACAAAGACAUGACAUGAGUGAUACAUAGAGGAAAAUAUGGACCCAUGGUUGCCCAUCCCCUGAAACUUCAAAAUCAAAUAUAAAAAAGCCCACCAAACAUCAUAGGUAGAAUCAAGAUUUCAAGGGAUGUUGUAUAGAGUAUUUUUGGGGGGGAGGGGGGUCACAUGGGGCUACACUAGUUUGUUCAUUGGAGCUGACUUACAAUCACAAUCCAUACCUACCAUAAAGGACUCGAAUUGUGUUGUCGCCAUAAAAAUGAAGAGUUUGUACUUUGUGACUCUUAAACUUUUUAUAUUUGUGUUUAAUAUAUCAAUGAGUACCUCUGUUAACUUUUGUAUAAGACCUAUGACUAUAGUAUAUACAAACACGCAUACACACACACAACACACCUCCACAAAAAGGGACUCCAGUCUGUCUCUGUGACGGCUAAAUGUUGUAUAACUUUUAUUUUGUGUCUUAUGAGCCACAUCUCUUCCUUUUGUAGUUAUUGGUAAACGUUUCAAUUUCCAGGUGACUUUGAUUUGGUUACUCUUGUACUACUAAGCUCUGUAUUUGCAAGCACUGUAAAUGCGAUUCUCAUUGGAUUCGUCCUAUGUACAUUUAGUACUCUGAUGUUGCUAUUUAAUAAAAUGUAAAACAACACAGGACUGUGCUAUAGGGAGUUUUUGGGGAAUGGUGGACGGCAGUGUUCAGGGGAAAUGGCACAAAAUAAAAGAUUGGAAUAUAAA